CCAAAUAUGGAAAUUUCUGGUUCUGGAACAGAUGCUGCUCAACAAUUCGCUUUACCAGUAGACUCCGAGCACAAGGCAACUGAAUUCCGAUUAUUCUCUAUUGCAGCACCCCAUAUGCGAGCCUUCCACCUUGCAUGGAUACCUUUUUUCGCUUGCUUUGUGUCUAGUUUCGCAGCCCCUCCACUGGUCCCUAUCAUACGGGAUAACCUUAACCUCACCGCCACCGAUAUUGGCAAUGCAGGGAUUGCAUCAGUCUCUGGUGCAGUCUUUGCUCGACUUGCCAUGGGAACUGCGUGUGACCUUGUUGGUCCUCGCCUUGCUUCUGCAUCACUCAUCCUCCUUACUGCACCAGCAGUCUACUUCACCUCCUGUGCCAAUUCUGCUGUCUCAUUCCUCCUUGUCCGCUUCUUCACAGGCUUCUCCCUCGCAACCUUUGUUUCAGGUCAAUAUUGGAUGAGCACUAUGUUCUCUGCUCCUAUUGUUGGGCUUGCCAAUGGUGUUGCUGGAGGUUGGGGAAACCUUGGUGGUGGAGCUACCCAACUCAUUAUGCCUCUUGUGUUCGACCUAAUCCACCACAUUGGUGCAACCACUUUCACUGCUUGGCGAAUUGCAUUCUUCAUACCUGCUCUGUUCCAGACUUUAACAGCACUAGCUGUCUUGAUCUUCGGUCAAGACUUGCCUGAUGGAAACUUCCAGCGGCUACAGAAAUCUGGGGAUAAGCAGAAAGCAAAGAUCUCAAAGGUUCUCUACCAUGGGAUCACAAAUUACAGAGCAUGGAUCUUGGCAUUGUCUUAUGGAUAUAGUUUUGGGGUGGAACUUACAAUAGACAAUAUAAUUGCAGAGUACUUCUAUGAUAGGUUCAAUCUGAAACUUCACACUGCUGGAAUCAUUGCGGCAACCUUCGGGUUAGCAAAUAUAUUUUCUCGACCAUCUGGAGGACUGAUCUCUGAUAUUAUAGCCAAAAGGUUUGGGAUGAGGGGUAGACUAUGGGGCUUAUGGGUGGUUCAGACUUUAGGUGGAAUAUUCUGUAUUAUACUUGGCAGAAUGGGAUCAUUAAGUGCAUCCAUUGUUGUGAUGAUCAUUUUCUCAAUUUUUUGCCAAGCUGCAUGUGGACUAACAUUUGGAGUAGUUCCAUUCGUUUCCAGAAGGUCACUGGGAUUGGUAUCUGGAAUGACGGGAGGAGGUGGAAAUUUAGGUGCAGUUUUGACUCAAUUGAUUUUCUUCAGAGGAUCAAGAUAUUCAACGCAAACAGGGAUAACUCUAAUGGGUGUCAUGAUGAUAUGCUGCACUCUCCCUCUCUGUUUGAUCUACUUCCCACAGUGGGGUGGGAUGUUUUGUGGUCCAACUACUAAAGGGAACACCACAGAAGACGAAUACUACUCAUCUGAAUGGAAUGAAAAAGAGAAAGAGAAAGGUUUUCAUCUUGCAAGCAUGAAAUUUGCCGACAAUAGCAGGAGCGAAAGAGGACGAAGAGUGGCUUCGGCAUCCUCACCCCCAUAUGAAUCCAAACCUAUACGUGUUUGAAUACCAGAUAUUGCCAAUGGAUUUUGUCAGACUCCAUUAAGAAACCCUAGAAAGCCAUGAUAGGAAAGUUGUCUCAGAAAAAUUCCUGCCUCAGUGUUCAAAUGUUAACUGUCAGCAUAUCACUUAUUGAUGAUUAGACCUGAAAGCUGCA